UCGGGCUGAAUUAACGCUGCAGCAGCAUCCACAUGCCCUGCAGGUGAACGCGACCCCAACGCUGCGAGUGUGCAUCCUCCACAGAUCCGGCCCUUUCCUGUCUCAUCACAUUUUACGCGCAUUUGGAACAAGCGAGUGCAUUUAUUUUUCAUACGAGCAGCUUCUCCUCCAGCAGCAUCACGCCAACGCGCAAAUCCCAGAGUGGGGGGAGCUGCUGAUGCGGCGGGAGCGCGCACCACCACCACCACCACCGCCACCGCCGCGGCGCGCAUGCACAGCUGUCAGCACCAAGGACAGCGGCAGCAGCGGCUCAUCCAGGAGCGACCGGCCUCACGGAGACAGAACAGUCCGCUCACAGCGCAGCGAGCAGCGGCCACAGGGAGCGACACGCACCCCGGAGAGGAACCGGCCUGGAGGCUCGGACUAUGCUGCAACUCUCCCUUCAGAACCACCGGGAGGUUUGAGCUGUUCUGCAGAGGAGGAGAUGGACAAUGCGGUUCCCUGGUUAACACCCUGUCCCUAAUAUGCUUGUGCACAUUCCUCCGCAUUGCACAUAAAUCCACAUCUUUUUCCUCCCUCCCUCCUUCCUUCUUUUUUCUUUUUGCACGCCCUCCCCCGCUCUACGCCGCCCACCUGGAUCGAGCCCGCAGUCGUGCAUACCGCAGGCUGAGCCGUGCUGCUGCCCACAAGCCAGUCGAGCCGACCCGCCACCGGAGAGGAUAGCGGCCGGGCUGCACGGUGCCGUCUGCUGGUGCGCACGAUGCGUCUGUUUCUGCUGGCGGUGCUCUUCUGGUGCUCCUGCGCGCGGGCCGGCUGCGAGCCGAAGAUCGUGAACAUCGGGGCCGUGCUGAGCCAGAAGAGGUUCGAGCAGGUCUUCAAAGAUGCCGUGACCCAGGCCAACCAGGUCUACGGCCGGGACAAAUUCAAGCUGACCGCCAUCUCCGUCACGCACAAGCCCAACGCCAUCCAGAUGGCUCUGUCCGUCUGCGAGGACCUCAUCUCCAGUCAGGUCUACGCCAUCCUGGUGAGUCACCCUCCCCAGUCCAAUGACCACCUCACGCCAACGCCUGUCUCCUACACCGCGGGCUUCUACCGCAUCCCGGUGGUGGGGCUCACCACCCGCAUGUCCAUCUACUCAGACAAGAGCAUCCACCUGUCCUUCCUGCGGACGGUCCCUCCCUACUCCCACCAGGCGCACGUGUGGUUCGACCUGAUGCGCGAGUUCAACUGGAACCACAUCAUCCUGAUCGUGAGCGACGACCACGAGGGGCGGGCGGCUCAAAAGAGGCUCGAGACCCUCCUGGAGGAGAGGGAGACCAAGAAUAAAAAAAGGAACUAUGAAAACCUCGACCAACUGUCCUAUGACAACAAGCGAGGACCUAAGGCAGAGAAAGUCCUCCAGUUCAGCCAGGAGACUAACUUAACUGCCCUGCUGCUGGAGGCCAAAGAGCUGGAGGCCCGAGUCAUCAUUCUGUCCGCCAGCGAGGAAGACGCUGCUGCGGUGUACAAGGCGGCCCGCUUCCUCAACAUGACGGGCUCUGGCUACGUGUGGCUGGUGGGCGAGCGGGAGAUGUCGGGUAAAGCCCUGAUCGAGGCGCCAGACGGUCUGAUCGGCCUCCAGCUCAUCAACGGCAAGAAUGAGUCGGCCCACAUCAAUGACGCGGUGGCUGUGGUGGCUCAGUCCAUCCAGGAGCUGUUUGAGAAGGAAAACAUAACAGAGCCUCCGAGAGGAUGCGUGGGCAACACCAACAUCUGGAAGACGGGGCCCCUUUUUAAACGGGUUCUGAUGUCAUCCAAAUACCCAGAGGGCCUCACGGGACGCGUGGAGUUCAACGACGAUGGCGACAGGAAGUACGCGCACUACGGUAUCCUCAACUACCAGAAGACUCGACUCGUUCAAGUCGGCAUCUACAACGGAACGCAGGUGGUGAUGAACAAUCAGCGGAAGAUCAUCUGGCCCGGAGGAGAGACGGAGAAACCGCAGGGCUUCCAGAUGUCCACUCGAUUAAAGAUCGUGACGAUACACCAGGAGCCAUUUGUGUACGUGAAGCCCACUAUGCCGGACGGAACGUGCCACGAGGAGAUGACACUGAAUGGAGUCUUAAUUAAAAAGGUUAUCUGCACUGGGCCCAAUGAGACCAUCCCAGGUAACACUUCAGGUCGCCCAAUCGUACCCCAGUGCUGUUACGGAUUCUGCGUUGACCUCCUGAUCAAGCUAGCUAUGACGAUGAACUUCACCUAUGAGGUGCAUCUGGUGGCUGAUGGGAAGUUCGGAACUCAGGAGAGGGUGAACAACAGUAACAAGAAAGAGUGGAACGGCAUGAUGGGAGAGCUCCUGGGGGGCCUGGCCGACAUGAUCGUGGCCCCGCUGACUAUAAACAACGAGAGAGCCCAGUACAUCGAGUUCUCCAAACCCUUUAAAUAUCAAGGUCUCACGAUCCUCGUUAAAAAGGAAAUUCCUCGCAGUACACUGGACUCGUUCAUGCAGCCGUUCCAAAGCACGCUGUGGCUGCUGGUGGGUCUAUCGGUGCAUGUGGUGGCGGUGAUGCUUUACCUACUAGACCGGUUCAGCCCGUUUGGAAGAUUUAAAGUAAACAGUGAAGAAGAAGAAGAGGACGCCCUCACCUUGUCAUCUGCCAUGUGGUUCUCCUGGGGAGUGUUGCUGAACUCUGGAAUAGGAGAAGGUGCCCCGCGCAGCUUCUCAGCGAGAAUCCUGGGUAUGGUGUGGGCCGGCUUUGCUAUGAUCAUUGUGGCCUCUUAUACUGCCAAUCUGGCUGCCUUCCUGGUGUUGGACCGGCCUGAGGAGCGCAUCACCGGCAUCAAUGACCCAAGGCUGAGAAACCCAUCGGACAAAUUCAUCUAUGCCACGGUGAAGCAGAGCUCCGUGGACAUCUACUUCCGGCGGCAGGUGGAGCUUAGCACCAUGUACCGCCACAUGGAGAAGCACAACUAUGAGAGUGCCGCCGAAGCCAUCCAGGCCGUGCGUGACAACAAGCUGCAUGCUUUCAUCUGGGACUCUGCGGUGCUGGAGUUUGAAGCCUCGCAGAAGUGCGACCUGGUGACCACGGGAGAGCUGUUUUUCCGCUCGGGCUUUGGCAUAGGCAUGCGCAAGGACAGCCCCUGGAAACAGAAUGUGUCCCUGGCCAUUCUCAGUUCCCAUGAGAACGGCUUCAUGGAAGACCUAGAUAAAACCUGGGUGAGAUACCAGGAGUGUGACUCAAGGAGCAAUGCCCCAGCCACACUCACCUUUGAAAACAUGGCAGGUGUCUUCAUGCUGGUGGCUGGAGGCAUAGCCGCCGGGAUCUUCCUCAUUUUCAUCGAAAUUGCCUACAAACGGCAUAAAGACGCCCGCAGGAAGCAGAUGCAGCUGGCCUUUGCGGCCGUCAAUGUUUGGAGGAAGAACCUGCAGCCCUCUUCCUCUCUAGAGACUCAGGAUGAUAGGAAAAGUGGUAGAGCAGAGCCCGACCCCCAAAAGAAAGCCUCUUUUAGGUCCAUCAGUACCAACCUGGCCUCCAGCAUCAAGAGACGUAGGUCCUCCAAAGACACGCAGUACCCACCCACUGACAUCACGGGCCAACUCAACUUGUCGGACCCGUCUGUCAGCACUGUGGUGUAGGAGCGAGGGAGCCACCGAGGUCCGCUCCCCGAGGAGAGAGGAAACCAGACGAGGAAGGAGGAGGGAGAGGAGGAGACCUUUUCCCCUGUUCCCUUCGAAAGGCCGGAGCUUUUCUUUUUCACUGCCUGCUGGAGAAGAGGCUGAAAACUGAAUUUGCACCUUUGUUUUAUUUUUUUAGAUAGAUCCCUGAGCAUGCACUGACGAACCCAUUGGACUCAUCUACAACACUUCUGUAUAUUAUCCGCCGACUUAUUUAACCUUGUUUCCGUCCUUUUACUCACAGAUUUACUUAAUGUUGGGUGUUUCUCUAAGUUCCUCCGCAGCUGUAUAGCAUUUAGCAAGCCAGGUUUAGUUUGGUUACGUUUAGGGAUUUAAACCAGUACUGUUCUCUACAUAUCACUUCUAAUUAGGGCCUGGAUACCAAUAGUAAUAUUUAGUAUUUCUUAACAACAUGUACUGCAAUAGAAGGCGGACUGUAUAAGCUUCAAAGUAUUUUUUAAUAGGAACUACUUGUGUUUUUAUCUACACUUUUAGAUGAGGAUGGGAAACACUAAUAAUGGCACUAACAAAGAGAAUAUGACUACUCUCGUCUAAUGGAAGCAUGUGUGUGUGCUUGUAUAAGAGCUUUAUGUAUCUGAAUGAGGAUACUGAUGUUUGUUAUUUUCAACAUAUAGAGUUUGUUUCUCGUAUUUAAUCUUGCACCAAUCUCCCAAAAACGCAUGUGUUCUUUUUUCUGGCAGGAACUCGGCUUCUUUUUAAGAAAAAACUGUUUGGCUUUAAUUCUAUUUAUAGCAGGUGAAGUUUCAUCAUUUGUCUGUUGAAACCGUUACGUAAGGCUUCUGUGUUUUCGUUUUAUUUUAUGUCCGAACAAGUUUGACAUGCAGCCACAAGCCAUGUUGUGUUUGGGGACGCCCUCUCUCUUCCUCUCUCCUGCCGCGGCACACUUUCUCAUUUCCAGUCUCGAAGGGGUUGCAUCAAGGGGCCAGGUUUUUUCACCCAACCAGAACUCGGUCCUUCCUGCAAAACCUCCUCCCCGAGCCGUGCCGAGCCGGGCCGGGCGGGAGAUCGUUUACAAGAAGGAACCUGAGUGAAUCGAAAGCUUUGCUCAGCCUGCAGGUUUGUGUGCAGGUCUUGGUUAGAUGCAAAAACAGGCCUUUUCCCAGCUUCUGGAUGUGAGAAACCACUGCUGUCGGUUUACAAAGACUAUCACUUCCCUUCCUGGUGUCUGGCACUGCAGAGCACUUUAUGUCGAGGGGUCUCCCAAACCGAAAUCUGCUGACUUACC